CACGAGUGUGACAGCUUCAGUGCCGAUCCUUCUUAACGCCAAUUCUUCAGCCUUGCGUUGGCUUGUGCGGGAUUGUCUUUGAGGGAGACAUGUCGCGGGUCAGCACGCGCGACGUAGGCCAUGGCUAGCGAUUGGAUCAUACGUCUGUUUCAAGAUGACAAAGACUCCAGUCCAAUUCUUGUCAAGAUCUCUCGCAAGAAUGGUGGUCAUGAAUUGGACCUUGACUUGCUAGCCACGGAUGGGGAUGCUGCCUAUGUUGGCAAAGUACGACAACGAGGUCUUAAGAAACUCCGAGCCAAAAACUACGAUGGCUCCGACGACGAUUGGGCCGCUAUCCUUGGCCACGUCUUGAUUUCCGCCGCACAAGCAUCUCUCACGGCAGAACAAAAGGGCACACUCAACGUCAUUUGCUCAAUCACCGGCAAGAAAAAGGAUCGCACGCUCACGAUAAUCUUUCGCAAUGACAUCGAGGGCAUCAUUCAGCGCAUUGGGGCGAUCGACCUAGCUUUGACCGACGAGACCGACGAUGUUGACCUUUUCGGAUGGACGACACAGGUGAUUGAGCAACGAGACCGGUUGGAAGAGGAGGCCAGAAGAUAUCAAGAAAAGGCAAAUGCCGAGGAGAAGAUUGAGGCAACAUUGCAGCAGCAGAUGUCAGAUCUAGUCAAGGCCAAGUCGGAGCAUGAGUCGCAGUUACUAGCCAAGUUUAGCACAUUGCUGAACGAGAAGAAGCUCAAGAUCCGGAAUUUGCAGAGAGUGCUCCAGACCGCACAGGUAGAUCCAGAGACGUUAAAAGAGCUACAGUCUACGCUAGCUGAGGCAGACAUGGCGGCCACAGACCGUGGGAAAAAGAGACGCGUAGAUGACGAGGGGCAGGAUGAAGACGAGAGUGAUGGAUUUGAGACGAUGGACGUCUCCAAGACGGCCAACGAGGGAGCUGAUGACGGGCAAUCAGACUUGUCGGAUCAGCAACGAACGCCUUCGCCUGAAGAAGACAGUGAUGAGGAAGUUGAGGACCUCGACACUACUGCAAGCCUUGAGCCACCUCAGACACGAUCGCGAGAUAAAGGAGCCAGGGAGUCAAGUCCGCUCCCACCCCCAAGACAACUUCCGUUUCAGCAAAGAUCCGGUCGCGGGGAUAAGCAACUGGUGGGACAAGAACCAAGCUCGAGGGCUCCUGAGUCGACGUCGAUUGAUGACGAAGCUGAUGAAGAGACGGCCAGCGAAGACGAUGAGCUAUGAAUGGGCCAGGGUUCCUCAGACGGAGUCAAAGCAUCACAGUAGUUGAUGAAUUGGUCUAUCUUGUUCCAGUGUCCAGAAUACAUUUUCCCCACGGUCUGUCAAGCCAACAAUGACCACAUCUUGAUAGACCCAAGGCCUGCAAAGUUCCGAUCAAGUCAAGUGGGAAUUUUUUUUUCAAAGAGCAGGUCAUGAUGAUUGUACACGUCAAAAAGCCCAUUCACAUGUGGUCUUGCCACAAGCAUCCUCAACGCCAUAGAUUACAGGCUCAUCCUGUGCCAACAUAUUUGAACCAUAG